AUGACAAUUGCACCGCCAACCAGAGAGCCUGUAAAAGGCGGUGCAGAAGGGCGUGUCUCAGAGAGGCUGUCGAAGGCGGUGCAGAAGGGCGCGUCUCAGAGAGGCUGUAGAAGGCGAUGUAGAAGGGCGUGUCUCAGAGAGACUGUAGAAGGCGGUGCAGAAGGGCGUGUCUCAGAGAGACUAGAGGCUGUAGAAGGCGGUGCAGAAGGGCGUCUCAGAGAGGCUGUAGAAGGCGGUGCAGAAGGUCAGAGAGGCUGUCGAAGGCGGUGCAGAAGGGCGUGUCUCAGAGAGGCUGUAGAAGGCGGUGCAGAAGGGCGCGUCUCAGAGAGGCUGUCGAAGGCGGUGCAGAAGAGUCUCAGAGAGGCUGUCGAAGGCGUGCAGAAGGGCGUGCAGAAGGCGGUGCAGCGUCUCAGAGAGGCUGUCGAAGGCGGUGCAGAAGAGCGCGUCUCAAAGAGGCUGUCGAAGGCGGUGCAGAAAAGCGCGUCUCAGAGAGGCUGUCGAAGGCGGUGCAGAAGAGAGAGGCUGUCGAAGGCGGUGCAGAGAGCGCGUCAAGAGAGGCUGACGAAGGCGGUGCAGAAGAGUGCGUCUCAGAGAGGCUGUCGAAGGCGGUGCAGAAGGGCGGUCUCAGAGAGGCUGUCGGCGUGCAGAGAGCGUCUCAGAGAGGCUGCGAAGGCGGUGCAGAAGGGCGCGUCUCAGAGAGGCAGGCGGUGCAGAAGGCGCGUCUCAGAGAGGCUGUCGAAGGCGGUGCAGAAGGCGCGUCUCAGAGAGGCGGUGCAGAAGAGAGGCUGUCGAAGGCGGUGCAGAAGGCGCGUCUCAGAGAGGCUGUCGAAGGCGGUGCAGAAGGGCGCGUCUCAGAGAGGCUGUCGAAGGCGUGUGGGCGUCUCAGAGAGGCUGUCGAAGGCGGUGCCGCGUCUCAGAGGCUGUCGAAGGCGGUGCAGAAGAGUCUCAGAGAGGCGUAAGGCGUGCAGAAGAGGCGUCUCAGAGAGGCUGUCGAAGGCGUGCAGAAGGGCGCGUCUCAGAGAAAGGCGGUGCAGAAGGCGUCUCAGAGAGCUGUCGAAGGCGGUGCAGAAGGGCGCGUCUCAGAGAGGCUGUCGAAGGCGGUGCAGAAGAGCGCGUCUCAGAGAGGCUGUAGAAGGCGGUGCAGAAGGGCGCGUCUCAGAGAGGCUGUCGAAGGCGGUGCAGAAAGGGCGCGUCUCAGAGAGGCUGUCGAAGGCGGUGCAGAAGGCGCGUCUCAGAGAGGCUGUAGAAGGCGGAGCAGAAGGGCGCGUCUCAGAGAGGCUGUCGAAGGCGGUGCAGAAGGGAGCGUCUCAGAGAGGCUGUAGAAGGCGGUGCAGAAGGGCGCGUCUCAGAGAGGCUGUCGAAGGCGGUGAGAAGGGCGCUUCUCAGAGAGCUGCGAAGGCGGUGCAGAAGGGCGCGUCUCAGAGAGGCUGUCGAAGGCGGUGCAGAAGAGCGUCUCAGAGAGGCUGUCAAAGGCGGUGCAAGAAGGCGCGUCUCAGAGAGGCUGUCGAAGGCGGUGCAGAAGACCGCGUCUCAGAGAGGCUAGAGGCUGUCGAAGGCGCGUCUCAGAGAGGCUGUCGAAGGCGUGCAGAAGGGCGCGUCUCAGAGAGGCUGUCGAAAGCGGUGCAGAAGCCGCGUCUCAGAGAGGCUGUAGAAGGCGGUGCAGAAGGGCGCGUCUCAGAGAGGCUGUCGAAAGCGGUGCAGAAGGAAGUGUGUCUCAGAGAGGUUGUCGAAGGCAGUGCAGAAGGGAGUGUCUCAGAGAGACUGUCGAAGGGGGUGCAGAAGAGUGCGUCUCAGAGAGGCUGUAGAAGGCGGAGCAGAACGCGUCUCAGAGAGGUUGUAGAAGGCGUGCAGAGGCCGCGUGUCUCAGAGAGGCUGUAG